AUGAAUAUGUGUUCCAAGUGUCAAAAGGACAUGAUACUACUGAAGCAGGAACAUGCAAAGCUUGCAGCUGCAUCCAGCCAAGACGUCGUACGCAGAAGCUCAAGUAGCGAUAAAUCAGAACUUGCUCUUGCAGGUGCCGCGGUUGCAUCUGCAGAUUUAGCCUCUCAGAUUUCACAAGUGAAGUCAAAAGAGGGUCUGAAAAAGUGCACAGCUUGUCGUAAGCGUGUGGGCUUAACGGGGUUCAGUUGCAAAU